UUGGGCCCUUUCUUUCCACUUGGCCAAGUGUACUCCAGAGCCCCACGGCGAUAUGCUAAAGGGGCCUCCCGCCAGGACCGGACUACGUGGUCUGUUCCCAAGUCCUGGAGCCACAGCGUUGACCGGAGAUACAGUUUAAAUCCGGUCACGCGCCAGGCUCCACCCUACCCCCGCCCCUCUAGCGCCGAUUGGCCAGGUCAGGUUCUAGGGGCGGGGCGUCCGUCCUGCCUUAUCCGGGCCCGGGAACACCCUGAAAGCGGCGGUGGCAGCCGAACCAUGGGUGCUCGUGCGCUACCUUUCGGGGUUGGCGCUGGCGGCCGCUGGAGCCCGGUGGGGUGCCGGAUGAAUUCCUGCCUCUUGCGUCUGCGGCUCCCGCCUGUCUUGUUUCUGUUUUUGUUGUUGCUGGCGACGCCUGGCGCUCGGGCUGCUGGGUACGAGACAUGCCCCGAGGUGCAGCCAGACAUGCUGAAUGUGCACCUGGUGGCUCACACACAUGACGAUGUGGGCUGGCUCAAGACGGUGGACCAGUACUAUUAUGGCAUCAAGAAUGAUGUCCAACACGCUGGGGUGCAGUACAUCCUAGACUCCGUCAUCUGUGCCUUGUUGGCAGAGCCCACCCGCCGCUUCGUCUACGUGGAGAUGGCCUUCUUUUCCCGUUGGUGGCACCAGCAGACAAACGCAACGCAGGAAAUCGUGAGAAACCUGGUGCGCCAGGGGCGCCUGGAGUUUGCCAAUGGUGGCUGGGUGAUGAAUGACGAGGCAGCUACCCACUAUGGUGCCAUUGUGGACCAGAUGACACUUGGGCUUCGCUUCCUGGAGGACACAUUUGGCAGUGACGGGCGCCCUCGUGUGGCCUGGCACAUCGACCCCUUCGGCCACUCCAGGGAGCAGGCCUCGCUGUUUGCCCAGAUGGGCUUCGACGGCUUCUUCUUUGGGCGCCUCGAUUAUCAAGAUAAACUGGUGCGGAAGAAGAGACAGGAGAUGGAGCAGGUGUGGAGGGCAAGCGCCAGCCUGAAGCCUCCUACUGCUGACCUCUUCACCGGUGUGCUCCCCAACAAUUACAACCCGCCAGAGGGGUUCUGCUGGGACAUGCUGUGUGCUGACCGGCCUGUGGUGGACGACCCCCACAGCCCUGAGUACAACGCCAAGGAGCUGGUCAGCAACUUUCUGCAGCUGGCCACUGCCCAGGGCCAGUACUACCGCACCAACCACACAGUGAUGACCAUGGGUUCGGACUUCCAAUAUGAGAAUGCCAACAUGUGGUUCAAGAACCUGGACAAGCUCAUCCAGCUGGUCAACAUGCAGGUCAGUGUGUCUGCCCUGUGGGACCUGUGUUGCAGGAGUCUGGCAACCAGCUUUCUGUCACUAGAACAGCAGCAGGCAAAUGGGAGCCGUGUCAAUGUGCUCUACUCCACCCCUGCCUGUUACCUGUGGGAACUGAACAAAGCCAACCUCACCUGGUCUGUGAAGGAGGAUGACUUCUUCCCCUAUGCCGACGGCCCCCACAUGUUCUGGACCGGCUACUUUUCCAGCAGGCCAGCCCUCAAGCGCUACGAACGCCUCAGCUACAAUUUCCUGCAGGUGUGUAACCAGCUUGAGGCGCUGGUGGGCCCGGCGGCCAACGUGGGACCCUAUGGCUACGGAGACAGUGCGCCCCUCAACGAGGCGAUGGCGGUGUUGCAGCACCACGAUGCGGUCACUGGCACCUCGCGGCAGCACGUGGCGGAUGACUACGCGCGCCAGCUGUCUGUGGGCUGGGGACCCUGCGAGGUUCUUCUGAGCAACGCGCUAGCCAAGCUCAGUGGCUCCAAGCAGUCUUUCUCAUUCUGCCGUGACCUCAAUGUCAGCAUCUGUCCCCUCAGCCAGACAUCUGCGCAGUUCCAGGUCAUCGUUUAUAACCCCCUGGGGAGGAAAGUGGAUCAGAUGGUGCGGCUGCCUGUCAGAGAAGGCGUUUACCUCGUAAAGGACCCCAGAAACAAGACUGUGCCGAGCAGGGUGGUGGAACUUCCCAGCUCUGGCAACCCAGAACUCCUGUUCCCAGCACUGGUGCCUGCUCUGGGCUUCAGCAUCUACUCCGUAAGCCAGGUGUCUGUCCAGAGCCCCAAGGCCCGCCGUCUACAUUCCAGGCCCCAGAAACCUAGGUCCCCUGUCUUGUCCAUCAAAAAUGAGCACCUUAGGGCUACGUUCCAUCCUGACACCGGGUUCUUGAGGACGAUCGAGGUCCUGGACCGGAAACUCACGCUGCCCGUGAGCCAGGCCUUCUUCUGGUACAAUGCCAGCACCGGAGACCAGCAAAGUGAUCAGGCGUCUGGUGCCUACAUCUUCAGACCCAGCCAACCGAAGCCGAUUCCCGUGAGCCACUGGGCGCAGACACACGUGGUGAAGACAGACCUGGUGCAGGAGGUCCACCAGAACUUUUCAGCCUGGUGCUCCCAGGUGGUUCGCCUGUACCCUGGCCAGCGUCACCUGGAGCUUGAGUGGACAGUGGGGCCGAUACCUGUGGGGGACAAGUGGGGGAAGGAGGUCAUCAGCCGCUUUGACACGCCCCUGAGAACCCUCGGAUUCUUCUACACGGACAGCAACGGCCGGGAGAUCCUGGAGAGGAGGCGGGAUUAUCGACCUUCUUGGGAUCUGAACCAGACUGAGCCAGUGGCCGGAAACUACUAUCCAGUCAGCAGCCGCAUUUACAUCACGGAUGGGAAGAUGCAGCUCACGGUGCUGACUGACCGCUCCCAGGGGGGCAGCAGUUUGAGAGACGGCUCCCUGGAGCUCAUGGUGCACCGCCGGCUGCUGAAGGACGACAACCGCGGAGUGGGGGAGGCGCUGCUGGAGUCCGGGUCCGGCGUGUGGGUGCGGGGGCGUCACCUUGUGCUCCUGGACACGGCCAGCGAAGCGGCCGCGGGACACCGGCUGCUGGCCGAGAAGGAGCUGCUGGCCCCGCAGGUGGUGCUGACCCUGGGGCGCGGCCGCUCCUACCACCGCCGGGCAGCCCCUCGCAAGCAGUUCUCGGGCCUGAGCAGGGAGCUGCCGCCCUCUGUGCACCUGCUCACCUUGGCCCGCUGGGGACCUGACGCGCUGCUGCUGCGUUUGGAACACCAGUUCGCCCAGGAGGAGGGUUCCAGCCGCAACCUGAGUUCCCCUGUGACCUUGGACAUGAGGGACCUGUUCUCCACCUUCACCAUCGUCCACCUGCAGGAGACCACUCUGGCGGCCAACCAGCUCCGGGCCAGGGCCUCCAGGCUCAAGUGGACACCAGACACCGGUCCCAUCUCCCAUCCCACCGUGCCCAGGCUGGACCCUGCCUCCAUCACGCUACAGCCCAUGGAAAUCCGCACCUUUGUGGCCUCAGUCCAGUGGAAAGAGGAUAGUUAGACCCACAGGCGGCCCCCUUGCUCUGGUCGUGGGGCCGAAUUCAUAUCCUCCUCUUGCUGCCGUCCGCAAAAGCCAUUAAAAUUCUACUAGUGAGAUUCA